AUGGCGCCACUUACUAGAUCCGCAAGAACAGCGGCUUCAGGUGGCCCGACUCUGCGAUCAGAGGCCGCUCAACCACUCCGCAAGGAACCAGAAAUUAUCAGCAUUGACGAGGACGAAGAGGAUGAACCCAUGGAGGAUGAAGAGGUCUACGAAGAUGAGGAAGAGCUAGAGGAAGAUGAGGACCAAGACGGUGACAAUGAGGAUGAUGAAAUGGACGAGGCCGGCCGCUUCUAUGGUGACGGUGCGGCGGAUUCUGGAUCCGCCUUCCCUGUAUUGGAACCCAGUCUCAAAUCUGUCAUGGGGGUGUCCAACAGGUCUCAAGGUUCGCCUCAGCUGUUUACCGCCGCCGGCGCGCAAGAAGCAUUCGACCCCCUUCGCCGCACCGCCGACCGCGUCACAAAGCAAAUCGAGGCAUUCGCCAAGGAACUCGACCAGUUCAAGCAGAAGAACUCUAUCGAUGACUUCCAAAACAUCCAAGCCGCAUACGAACUCGUCGACAAGUACCAAAAGCUCACGAAAAAUGCCAUCCAAGAGACCGAAAAGCAACAAAAGCUCAAACGCGCGAAGAAUUUCCGGUCAAGCGGCAGCGAAGACCCCAAGGCGGAGGAAGAAUUGCGACGUCUGCAGCUGGAACUCGAUACUUGGCGUCUUCUUCUGAAUCUGAUCAGUAUCGACGACCCGGCGAGUCGAGCCAGCUACCAAGAAGGACGCCAAGCCGCUUUCCAAAAUUUGCACCGCUACUCAUCCGAUCGUGAAAUUUGGGAACAAUUUUUGAACUCUGAUCAGUACGCUCUUGAGUGCGUUGUGGCUAUGAAAUGGCUCGAGGAGACUUCGAAGACGGGCGACAGCGAGCUUGAGUUUCUGAUCACCGAUAUGGAGGCUCAGGCGGAACGUGGCCAAGGCCUGUGGUCUCAUGGGUGGCUCUUCACUAAAGAAGCUAUUAAAGGACACAAGCGAUUGCGAGCUUGGCCCCAGCCGUUAGAACCCAAUGAUACAGCACACGCGAUGUUGAAAACCGACGAUCAAAAGCCGCUCGUUACACAGCUGGACCCUGAUGCGCUUCUUCGACAAAAACACAGCCUGCAGGCACAGGACGAGUUCUACGAACGGGCUACAUGGAUGACCUGUUGGAAGAUGCUUCGACAGGGUGAGAAUUGGACCAAAAUCCGCGAAUGGGCCCAAAGCCGCCUCGAAAACUGGAGAGCUGUUAGCCUUUGCGGCUCGAGUGUUGAUUCAAACAGCACUAAGACUCGCACUCCAGUCAACGAUGGAUUGACGCGCCUAAUGAAUGCUCGCGCACAAGACUCUUGGCGCGCUGCCUGCUCUGCUUUGGCGCGCAAUACCAGCGCAGGUGAUUUCGAGCGUGCAGUCUACGGCUUGCUGUGCGGCGAAAGUGACUCAGUUGUCAAGGUCUGCAGCAGCUGGGAUGACUACCUUUACGUGUAUUUCAACCGCAUCGUCCUCUCACGCUACCAGGGAUUCUGCAAGCAGUUUCAACGAAAGCUGAGCCAUUCCCCUAACAGCACGGUUGUAUUCACGCCUGAGCCAGCUGGACACGCUGAUCUACAAAAGUUCUUCCAGUACUUGCGAGGCAACGAGCGAGUUGGCAGCGAAGCACGCAACCCAUUCCGCAAUCUACAAGCAGCCAUUCUCAGCAAGGGAUACGAUUCUUUCUUCUCCCUUUUGGCCCAAGCGGUCUCUCAAGUCAGCGUCAACAUACAUGGGACAGCAUCUGUCAUCCCGGAUAUCCCGCGCUCGCAGGUGGAUGAUGCGUACCUCAUCGCUGCAGAGGAUGAAGAGGCUGUUAAGAUCGCGACUCACGUUUAUCUUGUCGCCCGAUCUAUCGGCUACUCUCGCGCCGAUAAUACCAAGACCGCGUCUGUUGUUGUAGCUGGGUAUAUCGCCAAUUUAGAAGCGAGAGGCCUUUUCGACCUCAUUCCCCUAUACGCCUCUCUUCUGCCGACAGAUAUGUGUCACAGCGUCUUCUCGAAGAUCUUGAUUGACAUCGUGAACCCGAAGCAGAGGAAGGAUCAGGUUCGCCUCAAUCAAAAGCAUGGUAUCGACAUCAAUGCCGUCCUAGACGUGCAAUGGUCUUGGUUAAGCACUGGUGUCUCUUCAAUCGAGCAUUUGCCUGGCCUCACUGGCUACUCGAGGGUGGUGCGCAGACAAGAUGGUUCGCGACUGCUCGUACCGCCUAAGAAGGACUUGAUCGGAACAUCCAUCGCAGACGAGGACGAGAAUAUGAUCCGGAGUCUCGAAUGGCUUCGCUACGUGGGUGGCCAAUGGGUCAAGAUCUGCAAGCUUGGAGCGUGGCUCUACCGCAAAUUCUUCGUUGCGGGCAAGCUAGCAGCUGCUAGGGAGCUCAGUCAUCGCAUGUCGUUGUCUGAGAUCUCUCAGGAAACAUUUGGAUUUGACAUCCUUGAAUUCCCUGCUCUGGAUGUGGAUCAAUUCAUUGCAGAGAAGAGUGCGCCUUCUAGCCCGACCAAGUCGAGGAAGAACAGUGCCCAUCGACGCAGCCUGUCUAGUAACAACGGUCUGGCGGCCAACAACCCCGCCAAUGCCAACCAACAAUGUGCUCUCAUGUUGAACUUUGAGAGUCUUGCUCUUGGAUUUGAUAGUCUGGAGAACUUUGCCAUUCUCUAUGAUCAGAUUUCGAGGACCAAACGUCGACGAGACUCCGGUACGGUGAAGGAUCUGUUCACCGAACUAGGCGACCAUCUUGGUUUCAUUGAGCAAAGUGUCGGUCAGAUGGUGGAGGUAGCUGACUGGCCUGGUACGGCCGAGAAUGCAGCCGAGGAAGAAAAGGAUUAUGCAUACAUCCGUCGCACCUAUCUCCCUGAAUUGAUUCUGGACUACCACAACGCCUUGUACUACGCCAGCAACACCCUUGAACAGUCGGAGCUGCUUACCCAGUGCAUGGUUGUGGCCACACUGGUUGCAAAAAUCCCGCAUUUGACGCGUAGCUUCACUGAGGCGCAGCGCAUGGCUGAACUAAUGGAUGUCUUGGCAUUGGCGGGUAAAGCCAUGAUUCUCACGGAUCCAAAACAUGAUGCUGUUCAGGAAAGUGGCCAAACUCUCGGGGUGUGGAGGGUUAGUGUUCCAGAGGGCGACGACACUGCCAUGUUGCAGCAGAUCAAGUGA